UUGUCCGCACCAAAGGCUGACCGUCCUCCUCGAUCUCCUCCCUCCCUGCUGCCCUGUUGCUUUGCCUUUGCCUUUGGCCUUUGGCUUUUGGCUUUGCUUUGCUAAUGCCAAUGGCGAUGUUAAUGGCCGCCACCUCGUGACCUGACCAGACGACCUUAACCCCUCCCUCCGUCCUCGCUAAACCCACUCCUUCUUCCUUCUCAUCUCUGGCUAAUUAGCUGGUUCAUGCUGGAGCAAUGAGGCGGGUGGCGCCGGCGACCGUCGCUUCUGCCCACGGAGGUGCCCACCAAGGCCACGACGGAGACGCCCACGCCUCGCCCACCGCGCCGCACGGCUGCGCCUGCCCCUGCCGCCGCGGCAAGGCCACCGGCCACCACGGCAAUGCCGGGGGCAACGCCAGCCGCUCGCCGGAGCCCAAAGCCCCCGCCUUGCCGCGGAUCUGCAUCUGGGACUCCGCCGGCGACGGCGAAGUCCUCGAGGCCUCCGUCUCCGUGGCGUGGCCGGACGAGGUCGCCACGCCGUGCGCCAAUCUGGAGCCGCCGCCGCCGCAACGGAGGCGGCCCGGGAAGACCAUCUCCAAGGGCCACAGGAACUACCACCUCAUGCUCAACCUGCAGCUCGGCAUCAGACACGCGGUGGGGAAGUCGGCGGCGAAGCCGAUGCGGGAGCUCAGCCGGGCGGACUUUGAUCCCCGGGAGAAGUUCUGGACGCGGUUCCCGCCGGCGGGGUCCAAGACGACGCCGCCGCAUUCCUCCUCCGAGUUCCGGUGGAAGGACUACUGCCCCAUGGUCUUCAGGCACAUGAGGAAGCUGUUCGCCGUAGACCCGGCGGAUUACAUGCUUGCGAUCUGCGGGGACGACGCCUUGCGGGAGCUGCCAUCGCCGGGGAAGAGCGGGAGCUUCUUCUACCUCACGCAGGACGAGCGCUUCAUGAUCAAGACUGUCAAGAAAUCUGAAGUCAAGUUGUUGAUUCGGAUGUUGCCGAGCUACCACAAACAUGUUAAACGGUACAAGAACUCUCUCAUCACAAGGUUCUACGGUGUUCACUCUGUGAAGCCAUAUGGUGGGCAGAAGGUGCGGUUCAUCAUAAUGGGCAAUCUGUUCUGCUCGGAGCACCGGAUCCAUCGCCGUUAUGACCUGAAAGGCUCCUCCUACGGUCGGAAAUCCGACAGGUUUGAAGAAGAAACCGGCGAUGCAACCACGCUCAAGGACUUGGAUCUCAAUUUUGUGUUCCGGAUGCAGCGCUCUUGGUAUAAAGAGCUUCAUGAGCAACUUAGGCGAGAUUGUGCGUUCUUGGAAUCGGAGGGCAUCAUGGAUUACAGUUUAUUGGUUGGAGUUCACUUUUGCGAUGAUAUUGUCCCUGCAUCAAAGAUGGCAUUAUCUACUUUUACUUCUUCUCCUGAAGAGCUUUCGGUCAACAUGGUGUCGGCAUGCCAGGGCAGCGUCAGCAUGCCUGAGCCAUGCCCCUCAGCUAAAGAUUUGGACAAGAUGGCCGAUCACCGGAAACCUUUGGCUAGACUGGGUGCGCACCUGCCAGCUCGAGCGGAGCGCACAUCCACGAGCGACGUCGACCCGUUCCUCUCUGGCGGCGGGGGAUUCUCGUCGGGCCGGAGCAAGAGCAGGGGUGAAGCCUACGACGUCAUCCUCUACUUUGGGAUAAUCGACAUCCUCCGGGACUACGACAUCAGCAAGAGGCUGGAGCACGCAUACAAGUCGCUGCAGACGGACCCUAGCUCGAUCUCCGCGGUCGACCCGAGGCUCUACUCGCAGAGGUUCCGGGAUUUCAUGGGCAGGAUAUUCAUCAAGGAGUGCUAGUGUACCACAUAAGUUUUGAUGUACCAUAUAUACUACACAUUAGUGUUGCCACAGUAAAGAAGAUGAGCAUGAGUAGAGGGACAUGGGGCUGUAGUGGCUGAAUUUUUGAGACACGGCCAGGGUUAUGGGGAGAGGAAGAGGUGGUGUCUGUAAAUGGUUUGUGUGAUCCUGGUUAGUGAGGGGCAGAUCAGAUCCCUGAUUUUGUUUGUUAGUGCUUGUUUAGUCUCCUGGGCUGCUUUGCCCUUUGUAUAUGUGUGUUGGAUGGAGUGAAAGGGAGACAUGGUUGUGUUUUUUAUGUUUGAUGAGAAAAGAGAAGAUGAGUCUGGUGUAA